GCCACUGAGCGCAGAGCCAGGGCGGAGCAGGCUGCGGCGGCUGGAGCUGGGGGGAAGCGCAGAGGGCCCCGAUACCCCAGCAGAUGGACAUCAUGUUGCCUGAGGGAGACUCUAAAAGGACAGAGGAGAAGGUCAGAGGCCAGGAUCCCGGGGAGCAUCCUUCAGUCGCACUCUUCCGAGAGUACCUGAGGCUCAAGACAGUCCAGCCCGAGCCCAACUAUGAUGUGGCCGUGCGGUUCCUGGAGCGGAUUGCAGCCGAGCUUGGCCUGGGGUGUCAGAAAGUGGAGGUGUGCCCGGGCCAGGUUGUCACCAUCAUGACCUGGCCGGGCACGGACCCGCAGCUCCGCUCCAUCCUGCUGAACUCGCACACGGAUGUCGUGCCGGUAUUUGAGGAGCACUGGACCCACGACCCUUUCGAAGCCUUUAAGGACUCUCAGGGUAACAUCUACGCCCGCGGGGCCCAGGAUAUGAAGUGUGUCUCCAUCCAGUACAUCGAGGCCAUCCGGAGGCUGAAGGCCGAGGGGAAGCGCUUCCCCCGAACAAUUCACAUGACAUUCGUGCCCGACGAAGAGAUCGGGGGCUUCAAGGGCAUGGAGCUGUUUGUGAAGCGGCCCGAGUUCCAGGCUCUCAACAUUGGCUUCGCCCUGGAUGAAGGCCUGGCCAACCCGACGGACACCUUCACUGUGUUCUACGGGGAGAAGUGCGCCUGGUGGAUUAAAGUCAAAUGCGAGGGGAACCCAGGCCAUGGAUCCCAGUUCAUUGAGAACACGGCUGCUGAGAAGUUGAACAGAGUGAUCACCUCCCUCCUGCAGUUCAGAGAGAGUGAGAAGCAGAGAUUGAAGUGUGACGAGCACCUCACCCUGGGCGACGUCACCUCCCUCAACAUGACCAUGCUGAGCGGGGGCGUCUCCUUCAAUGUGGUGCCCUCGGAGCUGUCCGCCGGCUUCGACAUCCGCAUCCCGCCCACUGUCAACUUGCAGGCAUUUGAGGAACAGCUCACAGUCUGGUGCCGGGCAGCUGGAGAGGGUGUCACCUACAAGUUCUACCAGAAAUAUAUGGAUCAGACGGUGACCUGCAUCGAGGAGUCCGACCCGUGGUGGAAGGCAUUCAGUGGGGCCUGCAGAGACAUGCACAUUACGCUGAAGUGUGAGAUCUUCCCGGCCAGCACAGACAGCCGCUUUAUCCGAGCAGCUGGUCACCCGGCCCUCGGCUUCUCCCCCAUGAACCACACCCCGGUACUGCUGCACGACCACAACGAGUACCUCAACGAGCGAGUCUUCCUGCGGGGCAUCGAGAUCUACGCCUGCCUCCUCUCCUCCUUGGCCAGCGUCCCCCCUCUGCCGGCGGAGGGCUGAGGGGCACAGCAGGGGGUGGGGGAUACUAAAGUGAGAGACGGGGAGUGAAAAUUCAUGGGGGCAGAGGGCAAUGGACAUACAGGGGCUCGGGUAAGAAGCAGCUGCCCGGGGAUGGGCAGGACUCCAGGGUUCCUUGGUGGCAGCACCAUGUGCAGAACUACCCAGUUGUGCCAGCCCAGAGGGGCAGGUGCCUGUUGUGUCCGGGGGAAGGGGCAGCUUGUGUCCCUGCCUGUGCUCCAGGUCCCCUGAGCCCAUCCAUGGAGCCUAUGGAAUUACACCCGGUGUCCAGCUUUCCAGCCCAUGGCUCUGCAAGCUGCGGGGGGAGGCUGCACCCGGGGGCACGACAUGCCGGGCUUUCUCCCAUUGCUUGCACUGGGGGGUGGGGAAUACAUCUCGAGUGCCCCAUGCCCCUGCCAGGCAUUUACCUCCUCACCACAUUGCAGCAGUAAUGCAAGCCCUCCCCUCCCAACAGAGGUAGGCCUGGGUGCUGGGGUCUAUGCGGGGUGGGGGGAGGGUUGCAUCUGUCCAUCCCAACCCCUCCCAAGGCCCCAGAGCCCCUCUCCCUGCUGCUCCUAGCCCCAGAUCUCUGCAGAGCCACCCCCAGCCUCCAGGGAUGGGCCAGGGCCAUGGGGCACCCCCUGGGCAGCCUGCCCCUCCCUUGGGCCCCCUUGGCUCUCCCUGGCUGCCUAGUGGCUCUCCUUGCUCCCAGGGCUAAGCAUCACCACUUGCCCCAGGCAGGGCGGGGAUCUGGAAGCGGGCGUAGCUGUGGGUGGGUGCAGGCAUUGAAAGCAGGGUGACCUAGCGGAUAAGGCACUGGACUGGGGCUCAGGAGACCCGGGUUCCACUUCUGGCUCUAGCCCAGACUCCCUAUGUGACCUUGGGUGAGUCAGCUGAACUCUGUGUGCCUCCGUUCCCCGGAUGAUCAUCCCCCCAGGCUCCUGGUGUGCUGCUCUCGGAGCCUUGGCUGGGCGAUGCUUUGUACCUGCUGCCUACUCUCAUUAAACCACUGGUGG